AUGCAGCAAGGCGUUCCAGCAGCAUUUGCUUUAGCGCUGGCCGGCAUGCUUCUCCUUGCCUCCGGAAAUCUCCUUGACAGCGCUGGCUUGAAGGAAGCAGAGAGGGCAGAGGAGGCGUGCUUCUCGGUGGUGGGACUGAUGGCGAGCUUGGAGCAGAAAUGCCAAGUGGCCAGCCAAUUCGAGCACUUGGUUGAUUACUCAGCUUGGUAUGUCCUGGAGCAGCUAGCUAGUCCGGGCUUUACCGAGUACACCUGGCUAGGGGAGCUGGCGCGGUCUCCGGUCGGGCAAGCCGUGAAGCAGAAGGCUCUUGAAGCUGGUGCAAGAACCACCCGUGCAAGUAUGGAUGAGGCAUGCGGCCAAUGUGAUGGAUUCGACUACGGGCACUUCUUCACGUCUUAUGCCACCUGCUACGCUCACACCCUCUGCAUGGCGGCUGGUUUGGGCGUCUUGCCCGUCGGGCCCGAAGAGUGCGCGGACAUGCUUGUCCCCUCUCUACAGCGCCAGAUGUCCAUGGUGGGUGGCACCUAUUGCCUGAAAGAACCAGGACAGGAUUUCUAUUGCCAAGAGCAGCGUGCAAGAUUGCACCUCGAGAAUCAAUCCUGCUACAACGACUUCAAGCUUGUGGAUGCCGGCUCCGACACGACAUGCCACUCAAGCCCGGAGUGUGCGCAGCUUUGGCUUUCCGAGCAGCGGCAGCACCCUCAUUGCACAGGCAAGAUUGCAGAGAUAUCCGAAGAAGUAUCUCGAAGCACUCCAGGCGGUGACCAUUCACAGAAGCUGCUGACAUUUCCAGACCGGUGUGUUCCAGCCAAUCGAUCCCAGUUUAUUGCGGUUUGA